AUGGGCACAGAGGAAGAUCGGUUAAAAUUGGCAAAAACCGAGCGCGAAAUCCAACCUGAUGAUCCAAUUAAUAUUCAAUACACAAGUGGUACUACCGGUCAGCCAAAAGGUGCCACUCUAACCCACCAUAACGUCCUGAAUAAUGCAUAUUUUGUUGGGAUUCGUGCCGGGUAUCAUGAACAGAAAACCGUGAUCUGUAUCCCGAAUCCAUUAUACCAUUGUUUCGGAUGCGUAAUGGGAGUGCUAUCCGCUCUUACCCAUCUGCAGACGUGUGUAUUUCCUGCACCUAGUUUUGAGGCCCUAGCAGCACUUCAGGCUAUCGACGAGGAAAAAUGCACGGCCUUAUAUGGGACUCCAACGAUGUUCAUCGACAUGCUUAAUCAUCCUGAAUAUCAUAACUACAAUUACGAUAGCAUAAGAUCAGGAUUUAUUGCUGGAGCUCCUUGUCCAAUCACACUCUGCCGUCGUUUGGUCAAUGAAAUGCAUAUGACGGAUAUGCAGGUAUGCUACGGUACCACCGAAACCUCCCCUGUCUCAUUUAUGUCCAUUCGAGAUGAUCCGCCCGAACAG